AUGAAACCCGUCUUCAAUCCCCCCAUAGGCGGCCAGGCGUUAACUGGCAGCGUAAGACGAUCACACUCAGCAAGAACCAAGCGCAAGAGGAGGGAUGCACACGAUGGAGAGCAGGAACACCAGGACGAUGAGCUGCUUGACAGAAACAAAAGGCUGCCUGGAUCGGUGAAUCUCGAGUAUUCUGCUGUCGUAACACCGUUGGAGAGGCACCAGCAUCGCAUUGCUGGACUGCCUCUCGAUCAGCAUCCGCCGUCGUUUCCUUUUCCUCAUUCUCAGGUCUCUUCCACCCAUCGUCAAGAUCGGGUUCGGACUGAGCUGAGUGGUGUCGCACGCGAAGAACCCAGAGAUGCACCACAGUCCCUCCAUUUUCAACACUUGGGCGCCCUCACGGCUGUGGUCCACCGCAGCUUACUCAACGAGGAUUUCGCCCGUGCUUCAAGAGCUUUGGGUCUAAUGUUUCGAGAUGCUAGUGUGAGACGCAGCACGGCUCCUCGGAGUCAAGGAUACAUGGGCAUCGCCGCUGAAGUUUUGCUGCGAAGAGGUUCUGCUAAGCCCAAUUCUAGCAAUGCCUCGCCGUUCAUUGCGUUCACCCGCGAAGGGUUUGGGAAUGCUAUGCGCUUUUAUGAGAGACUCAUUGUGAAGCAUCCGUAUCACAAAUCCUGGCCUGGCUCCACCAAUGCUGUUGAUUUUUACCUAGCGAUGUUCAACGUAUGGGUCUACGUUGUGUAUAGUGAGCACAGCUCCUAUGCGCAAGCCCUUACGAGAAGCGGCGAAGAAGCCGAGAUGGAUGGCGCAGAUAUGCCCAUCGACAACAAGGUGAGAGAGCUUGAAGAAGCCAAAACAAUCGCUUCCAGGAUGGACACCUGCUUGGCAAAUCUCCCUUACAAGGACGAACCAGAACUUAUCAGACUACGAGCCAUGGUUGCUUUAUGGAUUGCAGAUCUCCACGGCGAUAUAUUGAACUCACGACAGAAUCACGUCGAGAGCGCCAGUGAUGGAUACUCGGGGAAGUCUCUGCAGUCUCUGUCUCCGAGAGAGGCACAAGGUUGGACCGAGGACCACAGCUACGAGGCUGUCAAGGCACGGGAUGUUGCGGAGGAGUUGCUAGCAAGGCUGAGAAAUCACACGGGCCCUGGGGAGGACGGGAGUGAGUGA